AUGAUUCUGGAAGCGGUUAAGUGUCGAAUACGGAUUGGAAUCAUCGAGUUUCCCUGUAGAACCUUCACAGAAGCAUUUCAUUCAAUUUUAUCUGCUACGAAGUUCAAAAAAGAUCUUCUACCAUUCGAUGAGUUCAGAAGUUUGUUUUACGAUACAUGUCUGAAUUUGAAGAAUAGAUUCGCUGAUGAACUACUCGAGGAGUUACAUAAAAAUAAUCGUUUUGUCAACUUAUGGGUUGAUUUAGAGAAUAUUGUCAUCGGCUCCAUUUCUCAACAAUAUGCAACAACCGUUUUCCGAUCUGAUUCCAAUGUCACCAACUUUUCGGACGCUUUCUGGUUAGCAUCAAGAGGUCGAAUGAGCAAAGAAAAUAUUAUGCUCUUUUCCUGGAUUGCAACAAAAUCUGAAUUCACGUGCAAGCUUGGUCAUUUGCUGGCUUCGUUUAUUCGACCUGAGUUCAUCGAAGUAAUGAACCAAUGUAUGAAGUUUGCUCACAGCGCUUACCGUACUCGUGAACUUUUAGUGACAAUGGCGAAUGAUAAAAAUCUGAUGUGUCGAAUGAAAUGCCCGCAAUCAACUCUGGAUAUUUCGAAAGCUCAUCAAAAAAUAAACGGAGUAGACAACAUGAAUCGAGCACUUCGGACACGACUUCGGUUUUUCGUCUUCACACUGGAACAAAUUGUUUCACAUUUUAGAGAACUUUUCUCUGAUAAAGUCGUAUACGUGUUCAAAACGAAACGAGAGGAGAUUCUUAAUGCAACAAGCUUAAAAGAAGUAGAAAAUGCCAUAUCUGACGGUCAUAAAAAGUUAUCAGAUCUUGUCAUUCGAGUUGGAGUUCGACGAUUCGUUCAUGAAACGAUGGACAUGUUCAUGAAUAUGACAGACGAAAUACGAUUGCGAUCCGUAUCCAACACGCUUGACCUUGAUUAUCUUACAAGAUGUGAGGAAAGUGUUCGAAAGAAUCUUCAAACUCUUCUAUCACUUCAUGAACAGUGGGGCAACGACAAGGAUUCAAUUUUCUUCCAUUUAUCUGUUCGGCUGGGAAAAUUGAAGAUGGGAUCCUGA